CUUCCUCCUCGCCCUCCCUUUCGUCUUCUUCGUUACCGUUUGUCACGGCAGUACCGUUCUUCCGGGGCACUUCGCCGGCGGCGGGGGCGGCAGCUGUCUUUCUCUUCUUCUUGGGAGGAGCUUGUUCUGCGGACGAGCGUCAGCCAGCUCUGUGAGACGGGACUGUGUGGAGCGAGGAUGGAAUGCAGCGGUAGGCUUACCUUUGACGCCAUUCUCCUCCUCAUCAUCUUCGCCUUCUUCACCUUCAGCUUCGGCCUCAUCAUAUUCCUCAUCAUCCUCGUCCUCGUCCUCGACAUCUUCCUCAUCUUCGUCGUCUUCUACGUACCUAUGCGCGUCUGGUCAGCCAAAGAAGUUCAACACCAAUUCCACAACAGUUGCCAUCUUAGGAUGACAGCGCGCAGGGAAUUCAGAAGGAAAAUGGCCGUGAACAUCAGGCAGCAGCGACUUGAGAAGGGUCUUGCGCCUCGCUGCGCCGAGAUACUCGCUCAUAUUCACAUGUCUGUCCUUUGUCGCGUAAUGUGGCCGACAGAGGUGAUGGUAUCAAACCCGUUUUGCGACAAGUGGAAAGUGACUUACUCCUCCUCCUCCUCCUCGUCACUUGGAAGAGACACCAGCUCUUCCUCCUCUUCCUGCUUUCUCUUACGUCCGGACAUGCCGAAUGCAGGCUGCAGCAGUGUCAAUUGGAAAGAUUAAGCCUGUUUUGAGGUGUAAGAGGACC